AUGGAGCCUCUCACUAGCGCCAUUCUGGCCGCUAUCGACAACCCUCAGCCCGAUGACUCCGUUCUAGAAUGCGUUGACCACAACACUGAAAAGCUUCGCUCUCUUCUUCGAGAUAAUACCGAGACCGCUCUCAGUCUGGCGGACGCGAAAUUACGCGUCUUCCCAUUCAAGGAUGUGAGGAAUUGCUGGCGUCGUCUCUACACCGACGCGAGCAUCGUGCUAGCUGUACGUCUGAUCAGGGAGAAUCUUGCACGACAGUUGUCCCCUGAUACCUGCAGAGAAGGAGCAGGAGGAGGAGACUCAUCUUGGCUUGCGGCAGUGGUGCGAUACUUGGACAUGGCAGUUAUUAUGACUGGCGCACCGCAGCGAGAGGAGAUGAUUGAAUCUCUAUUUUCGGCCUUGAAGGACUGGCGACGAGCGAGUCAACAACAAACAUCUUCGCUUGCUGAGUUAACAGGCUCUGACGACAGUACUGAGCAGCGCGCGGCGAAGCGCAGGAAGCUGUCUGUUCCAUUAUUCCCUCCAGGAUCGGCCCCUUUGCCUGAGCUGACGAAGCCAAUUCCACGUGUCUCAGCGCCGUCAUUCUAUACAAUGGAAAGCCACAUACAGGAUGUGCGCACGCCUCUUGUAAUCACCGAUGCCGUCGGCCACUGGCCCGCUCUUGGUGACCGACCCUGGGCAUCAAAGGACUACUGGUUUGACCAGACACUAGACGGGCGACGCCUUGUCCCCGUUGAAGUUGGACGCUCAUAUACAGAUGAAGGGUGGGGCCAGCGCAUUAUGCCUUUCUCGGAGUUUGUAGAUACUUUCCUUUGGAGAUCUAACGAUGACCAUCAAACUGGAUACAUGGCGCAACAUGAUCUUCUAUCUCAAAUCCCCGCCUUGCGGAAGGAUAUCAGCGUACCGGAUUUUUGCUUUAUCGACCCCCCGGCUGCUGAGCCCGGAACAUCAGUGUAUGAGAAGAAAAGGAAGAAGCGCGAACUGGAGAAGAAGAACGACGCUGCUGCUACUACUGCUACUGCUGCUGCUUAUACAAUGAAAAACGAACCCAACAAGAGCGGCGAAGGCGCACAGCAGCAAACGUUCAAAGAUCUUUCAUCGAAGCAAAACCACGCAGGUAAUAAUGAAUCAGAGAGCGAAAACGAGAUCGGCAUCCCGGCCGAUCCCAUUAUCAAUACAUGGAUCGGACCUUCUUGGACCAUAUCGCCAUUACACCACGACCCCUAUCAUAACAUCCUAGUCCAGGUCGUCGGUGCCAAAUACAUUCGAUUGUACUCGCCACACACGCCGGCUUCGCAGAUAUACCCUCGAGGGAUGGAGGCAGUCAAUUCUGAAGAUAAAACUGACGGUGACGAUAAAGAGACAAAGGCGGACGAGAGCCAGCUUAUUGACAUGUCAAACACAUCCCAAGUCGAUCUAGCUGCUAUGGAGUUGUCGCCUGCCGAAUUCGAGCUUUGGGAUUCGACAUGGCCUGGGUUCGCAGAGGCGGAUUACGUCGAAACGGUACUAAAGGAAGGUGAAUGCCUUUACAUCCCUGUAGGCUGGUGGCAUUAUGUGCGCGGACUUCGGGCGGGCAUCAGCAAAGCCGCCGGUGAGAACUCCAAGAAGGCCGCUGGCAACGCCAGAAAAGCAGAGGCUGCUGCGCAAAAGCAGGCUGCUGCAAACGCCAAACAGGCCAAGGAAGAGGAUGCCUACUGGGAACAAGGCUCAAAGUCUAAUUCCAAGAAAGAUGCCGCAGACGCCAAAAAGGCCGAGGCCGCGCGCAAAAAGGCCGAGCGCGAAGCCAUGCUGAAAGAGGAAGAAGCCUCACAACCUUCCAAGGGCAAAGGGGCCGGCGCGAAGACAGCACAGAAGAAAAGUCGCGGACUGGAUCUCUCACAACUCGACGAUACAGGUCUACCGGGCAGCCGAAAAGCAGCCGCCCUCAACGCAUCCGGUAUCGAGAAUGCGCUCGAUGCGCUCGAACUUACGGAAUCAAGCAAUAAUACAAAGAUUGAUAGACACCCGGAGCGCAGAUUCAAGGCUGCUUAUGCUGCCUUUGAGGCUAGGCGGUUACCGGAAAUCGAGGUUGAGUAUCCGGGUCUGAGGAAGCAGCAGCGCGUUGAGAUUUGUAAAAAGGAGUUUGAGAAGAGCGAGGAGAAUCCAUUUAAUAAGGUGAAUGUUGCUUUCGAUGCCAGUCGCGAGGAGAUUGCGGCUGUUAGGGAGGCGGAGAGGAAGAAGGUUGAGGCUAGAUUGACUGCGAAAUGA